AUCACAGCUUGGAAACUUCUUUAAAGGAAGUGGUUGCUCUUGUGGCCCCAAGUCCUGAAGAUGAAGCGCUUCUGGUUAAAAUGAUUCAGCAAGAAACCACGCCCCAUCAAAGCUAUCCCACCCUGCCCUGGUCCUGGAGCUUUGCUUGACAAGCACCUCUGCUCAGCCUCGCCCCACUACAUGCUACCCUCAUGCACACAGCCAUGUGGCUGGCCAUGCUGCUUGCCCUCUGCUGCCUAACAUCUGACGCCCAUGGGGCAUACACCUCAGCAGGCUGGGUCUGGUCACUGGGCGGCAGUGGAAAGGAAUACCGAAGAGACGCCAAGGACAUGGAAUCCCGCUUCACGGCAAGUCAGGUGCCAAGAAAUUUUUGUUCCAAAGAUUUGAACUCCGGUGUGGAGCCGGGAUUCCCCAAAACAAUAAAGACCAAUAACCCAGGAGUGCUUAAGGCCGCCAGGCACAGUGUGGAAAAGUUCAACAACUGCACAAAUGACAUAUUUUUGUUCAAGGAGUCCCAUGUCAGCAAAGCCCUGGUACAGGUGGUAAAAGGCCUGAAAUACAUGCUGCAGGUGGAAAUCGGCCGAACUACAUGCAGGAAGACCAUGCACCGCCAACUGGACAACUGUGACUUCCAAACCAGCCCUGCCUUGAAGCGGACAUUACACUGCUACUCUGAAGUCUGGGUGAUCCCCUGGCUCCACAGUUUCGAGGUGCCUGUUCUCCGCUGCCACUGACUUCUGUCUCUUCAGCAAGACCACAGCUAUGAUAAAGACACUCGUGUGUCCCCCGCUCCUCACUUUCCACCUCAGCCUGGCCAUCUCAGAUCCUCAAGGCCUGCUUACCAGUGAGCAGAUAGACACGCCAGUGGGUCCUAGGGGGCCUGGGGUGGGAGAAGAGUGCCCUCCUCGCCAGAUUAACCGUAUUCACAUUUUCUUCUGAAAUUAAUUCUUCCAGUGCUAUACACCUAGAUUCAGGAUGUGGGCAUACAGAGAAUCCUUUGAUGACAUUACUGGAGCAUGGGUAGAACAAGGUGGUAGUGUGAGAGGCUUCUUGAUACCUGACUGCAUGAGCAGAUUCUGUAUCCAGCUCAUCUACCACCAUCAGAUUAUUACUGGUGGGGAUGGUUUACCAUAAAUAAAAGACUGAUUAUCUAAAAA